AUGGUAGCGAGAAACGAGACAGUAAAUAGAAGUUCGUCGACGUCGUCGGCAGCUGCUGAAGCUGUAACUGGUGGUGGAGAAGCGAAGGAGGAGACAGGCACUGAUGACAUGGAUGAAGGUGAAGAUGGCAUGAUAUCUGGCACCGGCAUGGGUGAAAGGGGAAGUGGUUCGAUUCCGUCAAUAUGUAUAGCAUGGAAGUCAAGGAUGGGCGCUGCAUCGGCAAGCGCGGCACAAAAAACUUCAUAUGGAUCAUGCUCACAAAAUCUGUCGGACAGACCGGCGAGGGAAUCGACACAGUCAUCGGAAGUAGACACAAGGGGUUUAUCGGUCGGCAAAGAGGAAACUGGAGCUAGUUGGACUAUUUCAGCUUCCGUUGAGGGAAGCUUUGAACAUCGUGCAAAAGCUCAACUUUUACGGGAAGAAUGA